AUGCCACUUCCGGCGAAACCAAUGAGGGAUUCCGACGAGUCGGCGAUCCCUUCCAACAACCUGUGGGUAGGGAACCUGGCGCCGGACGUCACCGACGCCGAUCUGAUGGAACUUUUCGCCAAAUACGGCGCACUCGACAGCGUAACCUCUUAUUCCGCUCGCAGUUACGCCUUCGUCUUCUUCAAGCGCGUUGAAGACGCAAAAGCCGCCAAAAACGCUCUCCAAGGAACCUCUCUCCGCGGCAGUUCCUUGAAGAUUGAGUUUGCCAGACCGGUCACCCUUUGUUCAACUGGGAAAUUCAAAGCAAAGGCAUGCAAACAGCUUUGGGUGGGUGGUAUUAGCCCAUCUGUUACAAAGGAAGAACUGGAAGCUGAAUUUCGUAAAAUUGGUAAAAUUGAGGAUUUUAAGUUCUUCAGAGACAGAAAUACUGCCUGUGUUGAAUUUUUCAAUCUGGAAGAUGCUUCUCAGGCCAUGAAAAUAAUGAACGGGAAAAGAAUAGGUGGGGAGCAUAUUCGUGUUGACUUCCUUCGAUCACAAGCUACAAAAAGGGAUCAGUUGCUGGAUUAUGGUCAGUUUCAAGGAAAAAGCUUGGGGCCUAGUGAUGCUUAUUCUGGACAGAAAAGACCACUGCAUUCACAACCUCCAAUGGGAAGGAAAGGGGAUGGUCAACCAAGCAAUGUUUUGUGGAUUGGUUAUCCUCCUGCUGUUCAGAUUGAUGAACAAAUGCUCCACAAUGCCAUGAUUUUAUUUGGUGAAAUUGAGAGAAUCAAGAGUUUUCCUUUGAGGCAUUAUUCUACAGUUGAGUUUAGAAGUGUGGAUGAAGCUCGACGUGCAAAAGAGGGCCUUCAAGGGCGCCUUUUUAAUGAUCCUCGAAUAACAAUAAUGUAUUCCAGCAAUGACCCAGUCCAUGGCAGUGAUUACCCUGGCUUUUUUCCUGGAAGUAAUGGACCAAGGCCUGAUAUAUUGCUGAAUGAGCAUCCAUUUCGACCAUUACAAAUGGAUGCAUUUGGUCAUAAUCGUCCAAUGGUUCCAAAUAAUUUUACUGGUCAGUUACCACCUAGUGGUAUUAUGGGUCCAAAUGUACCAAUGCGACCUUUUGGUCCUCACAGUGGUGUUGAAUCUGUUAUUUCUGGCCCGGAGUUUAAUGAGAUUAAUGCGCUCCACAAAUUUCAGGAUGGUAGCUCCAAGAGUAACAUGGGUCCAAACUGGAAAAGACCAUCUCCUCCUGCACCAGGGAUGCUUUCUUCUCCUGCACCGGGUGCUAGGCAUCCUACAAGAUCAACUUCGGGUGCAUGGGAUGUACUUGACAUAAACCAUAUUCCAAGAGAUUCUAAACGUUCAAGGAUAGAUGGACCCUUGCCUGUUGACGAAGCCCCCUUUCCUUUGAGGAAUAUAGAUGGACCCUUACCUGUUGACGAAGUAGGUGGUUCUGGUCCAUAUGCAAACAUUCAAGGAAAGAGUCACCUUGGUCCAAUGAGCUCAAGGAUUACAGCUGGAGUUCAGGGUAUGGUCCAACCUGAUAACGAUCAUACUUGGCGUGGAAUUAUUGCAAAAGGCGGAACUCCCGUUUGUCGUGCUAGAUGUGUACCAAUUGGGAAAGGGAUUGGAACUGAGCUUCCAGAUGUUAUUGAUUGCUCAGCUAGAACGGGAUUGGAUAUACUAACUAAACACUAUGCCGAUGCAAUUGGUUUUGAUAUUGUAUUCUUUCUGCCUGACAGUGAAGAUGAUUUUGCAUCAUAUACUGAAUUCCUUCGCUAUCUCAGUGCAAAAAAUCGUGCUGGUGUUGCCAAAUUUGUGGAUAACACCACAUUAUUCUUGGUGCCUCCUUCAGAUUUUCUCACAAGAGUUUUGAAAGUCAGUGGACCUGAGCGACUAUAUGGUGUGGUUCUGAAGUUUCCACAAGUGCCAAGUAGUGCACCUGUGCAACAGCCAUCACACUUGUCUGUACCAACUACUCAGUAUAUGCAGCAGAUUCCUCCGAAGCAGACUGAAUAUGGUUUGACUCCUAUGAAAGAGGAACAGGUUUUGUCAAUGGAUUAUAAGAGACCAUUGCAUGAGGAUUCUAAGCCUCCUUCUAAAUCAGUCUACCUACCUACAGGUGGGCCCCCUUCAGUUCAUUCUGUGCUUCCAGAUUAUGCUCCUAAUAAUAUUGUUACUGGGUCCCAACCUGGAGUUGCAUUAACACCUGAGCUUAUUGCAACUUUAGCUUCUUUUCUCCCUACAACUACACCAUCAUCUGCCACUGAUGGUGCCAAGUCUGGAGUAGGUUCCUUGACCAUGAAGCCUCCGUUUCCUCCCGUGGCACCAAAUGAUGGAAGUCAAUCUUAUAUAUGGAAACAGGACAAUCAAGUUGCUGAUCAAUCCACCCAUCCUCCUCAGCAGUUGAGGAGUAUGUAUAACGUUCACAAUGCUCACUAUCAGCCCUAUCCACCAGCAUCUGCUUCAGCUGGCAAUCCUGCUCAAGUUGUCUCUGGCAGUUCUCAUAUCCAAGAUACAUCAGCCAGCAUGCAUCAGCAAGGUGCUGUUUCAUCAAGACACAUGCCUAAUUUCAUGAUGCCUUCUCAAAGUGGACAAGUAGCUGCAUCCCCUCAUGGAAGUCAGCAUUAUCAAGUUGAAGUUUCCCCUAGCAAUCAGAAAAGCUUUGGAGUGGUGCAAGGAACUGAUGCCUCUGUUAUAUACAAUUCUCAGGCUUUCCAGCAACCUAAUAACAAUCCACUCCCAUUCCAGCAACCUAAUAAUUCUAUUGCCUCAACUAAUCAAGUUACUGGUGCUACUUCUUCACAGCAGCAAACUAGCAUGCCAUAUACAGUCGGCCAAGUAAACUCAGAGACCCCAAAUCAGCAACUUUCUGCUUUUGGAGUUGGUCAAGGCACACCAGAGGUGGAGGCUGAUAAGAACCAGAGAUACCAGUCAACAUUACAGUUUGCUGCCAAUCUUCUUCUCCAAAUACAACAAAAGCAACAGCAAGCGCCAGGAGGACAUGGAUCGGGAAUUCAACAAUGA